AUGUUGAGAAGGGUCAUUUAGGAUAAGCCUUAAAUGGUAGGGAAUUAUAAAGUAGGUGUUAAGCUUGGUCAAGGAGCAUCGGGAACAGUUUAUAAAGGGGAGCAUAUAGAAACAGGCUAGGUUGUUGCCAUAAAACUUGUUUCUACAGUAAAUAUUAAGAAAGAAAACAUAAAAUCUAUUAAAAAAGAAAUGCACUUACUGAAGAAGCUUAAGCACGAAAAUAUUGUUACAUAUAUUGAUUUUAUUCAAACUGAAAAUCACUAUGCAAUUAUUUUAGAAUACAUUGAAUCAGGCUCUUUGUAUGGAAUAAUUAAAAAAUUUGGACCUUUUUAAGAAUCUCUUGUAAUCAUUUUCAUCAAAUAAGUUUUAAGGGGAUUGGAAUAUUUGCAUAGGUAAGGUAUUGUACAUAGAGAUAUAAAAGGAGCUAAUAUACUAACAACUAAAAAUAAUAAGAGCGGUGUGAUAAAGUUAACUGAUUUUGGAGUUGCCACUCACUUAGCCGAUGACGACAAAAGCAGUACUUAAUGUGUAGGAACUCCUUAUUGGAUGGCUCCUGAAGUUAUUAUUGAUUCUGAUGGACACAUUUCUACAAGUUGUGACAUAUGGUCGCUAGGAUGCACCAUAAUUGAGCUUCUUACAGGAAAUCCUCCUUAUAGUUAUGGAAAUCCACAUCAUGCUCUAUUCAGAAUGGUAUCUGACUAGCAUCCUCCUCUUCCAAAAGAUGUAACUCCAUAAUGUUUAGAUUUUUUGAUGCAAUGCUUCAAUAAAGAACCUUCUUAAAGAAUGGAUGCAAAAAGUUUGCUUAAUCACGAGUGGCUAAAAAUAAAUAUUGAAACAGAAGUACUUCAAAUCAUUAAUUCUCCAAACCCAGAACUACCAGAAGAAGUUUUAAACUCUAUCAGAAAUCAUAUAAAUGAAAGUUAGCAUGAAUUAGAUAUGAAUUCUAAUAGCAAACAAUCAGCAUCAAAGUAGGAUAAUAACCAAAAUCAUUUAGAAAAACAUUUAUUGCAAGAAUAAAAUUACAUUAGCAAUAAAGAAAAUGAUAAAGAUAUAAAAGAUACACAAUAAAUACAUGCUAAUUAUAAUUCAACUUUAUAAAAUUCCAUCAAUUAAUCCAUAUCAAGCCUUAAGAACAUCUAACUUGCAUAAUAAGAAAAGAGAUUAAUAGGUCUUCGACUAAAUGAACCAAAUACUUGCAGAAAUCAAACUGCAAACUAGACGAUAGAUGAAAUAGGUAGCUUUGCUGGUUCUAUAGUAGACAAUAAUAAACCCUUAGAUUCACUAAGAAACUACAAUUUGAAAAAGAAAAAUAACGGAACACUCAACAGUAAAAAAGAAUAAAAGAUGUACUAGGACACCUAAGAAAUUGUCAAUGGGCUAUAAAAAACUAGAGAACCAAAGAAGGUCGAAGAAUAUAUGAACUAUUUAAGUGAUAUAAUAUCUAGAUUUCCUAAAGCUAAAAGCUACUUCAUUAAGCAGUCAGGUCUUUCCUUGUUCUUAGACCUACUUGAUAAAUUUUCAACUAACUUUACUAUUAUUUAGCAAGUUUUGUCUUUCCUGAAUCAAAUUGUUGAGAAUGAAAUGUAUUACUUAGAAACUGCUUGUUUGUUUGGAGUUGUACCUUAAAUUUUAAAAUUCACUAGUGAUUUCUACCCAAAAGAAAUUCGGUUCGAGGUAUCUUGUUUUAUAGCUUAGCUAUUUACUAGUCCGUCUACUCUUUAGAUAUUUGUUGCAUGUGGAGGAAGCUCUGCUCUAGUUGAUUUAUUAGAUGUAGAUGUCAGUAAAAACAAAGAAAUCAUUCAAAUAGGAGUUGAUAUGCUACUUAUGCUUUCAGAAGUUCAAUUUUUGAGCUAUCAAAAUCUGUGUAGGAUGUUGUUUAAAUAUGAUAUUUGCUAAAAAUUGGUGCUCAUAUUUUUUGGCUUAGUAGAAGAGUUUGUUUAAAGAGAAUCGUAAGAUUAAGCUGCAGAUUUAAAAUUAAUUUAAAAGUGUUUAGACAUCCUCUUGCUAUUUGCCAAGUGUGAAGAUAAGCAGAUGAAAAUAAAUAUUUGCUAAGAUGAAACAGUGUAAAUUCUUAUAGAAAUCAUAGAUACUCUCUUCUAGCAAGAGGAAGAUCCAAUUUUUAAUUAGUUUUUGUAAAAAAUAAUUUUGAUAUUUAGACACCUAUCUAAUGAGCACACUCUUUUAAAUAAGCUUGAAAAUUUUGGUUUAAUAAAAAGAGUUUUAAAUCUCUUAGAUAUAGAAAGCAGAAAAUAAAAAAUAGAUGAAGUUUUCUUAGAUGAUUUGUUAAAAAUUAUUAAUUAUUUCCAAAACUUAAGUCAUCCUAGAUAGGAGCAUCUAGUUUUGACAGGUGCUCUUCCUAUUCUAAUAUCAAUAACUAGCAAUAGCGCAAUGUCAUUUAGCUUGAGGAAAAUUUCACUAUCAAUUUUAUGCUAAUUUGUUAAGACCUCUCCUCUAACAAGAAAAAAGCUAAUGGAACAUGGUGGGCCUCAUAUAUUUUUGUGCUUCCUUUAAAUAUCGGAAGAUUGCUUUAAGCAAUUCUCAUUCAAAAUUUUAGAUACUUUAGCUUCUUGGCUUGUAAUAGAUUUAGAAUAAAUAGAGUCUUUCUUUUUAGAAAACUUGAAGUUCUUCAUACCAUCUGCCGACAACAAUAUAUCUCUAUUGCAAAUUAUACCAAUCAUAUAUCGAAUCAUAAGUCUUUCUGACAAAAUAGCAUAAGUGAUGGCUUGCUAAGAGUAAUUUAUAGAAAGUCUUUGUGAUCUUUUGACCGAUUUUGAUGAUAGCAAUGUGUAGAACACAAAUACUCCUUAAAUAAAGAAAAAAAUUUUGGAAUUUUUACAUUGCAUUUUAAUGAGAAGUACACCAUAAUCGAUUUGCUAUAUUGUUGAAAAGCACGAUUUAAAUAAAAAGUUACAUUACAUUAUUGAGAAAUCCUCUGAGUUAGAGAUUAUAAUCUUAGAAGAAAUAUCUUAAAAUCUACUUGAUCUAUAUCAUGAAUCUAAGUAAAAUUGCAAUUAAAGCAAUUAUUAGGCAAUUUAAGGCUAGAUACCUGCUUAGAUCCUAGAAAAUAAGGCAUAUAAAUAAUAGCAAGAUUAAUUAAGCCAGUAAUAGAUGCAACUUUAUAAAAUUUAAUAGUAAAUUUAGCAAGGCAACAAUUAAAAUAUAAAUGGAAAUUUGAUAAACUAAAUUCCUCUUGGAGUUUAGCAAAACAAUUCAAACUAGGAUUAGAUAAUUUCCAACAGCUAUAUACCCAUUGAAUAAAUAGGACUGAAUUUAAAUUAACAAUAAAUGUUUAUGCAAUACCAGUAAUAAAAUCAAAUACCAAAUUUACAAUAAAAUUUAAUUUAAGCAAAUGUUAGUAAACAAUAAGUUGCUAAUACUAAUAACAUUAAUAUCAAUUAAUAAUAACAAUAAUAAAAUUAAAUUUAAAUUAAUAAUUAAAUAAUUUAAUAACAAAACAUCUAGAUGUAUUAAUAAAAUCCUUAAAAUAUGUUUGGUUUUUAGAAUAACCCUUAAUUAUAAAUAAAUCCAAAUAAUAAUAAUGUCAUCCCUUUGAAUUAAAAUUAAUUCUUUAACUAACCACAUAAUCCUUCAAAUAAUAAUAGCAAUAAUAAUAACAAUAGCAAUAAUUUAAACUGA